AUGACGACGACGACGACACCAAAGGACAGCGAACCCUACGCGUCGUUGACCGAGGCACCACCCGUGGCGCGGUCGUCGCGGCUUCUUUUCGGCGUUUUCCACUCGUGUGCCGCGCUCGCCGCACUCUACUGCUUCCUCUUUGCCAUCAAGCUCCUCGGCGACUCGCUCUCGCUGCUCUUUGGCUGCAACACAAAGGCGGCCUUUGGUUUUGCCGACAACGCGAUCGUCGGGCUCAUGGUUGGCAUGGUGUUUACGGCCGUUUUGCAGUCGUCCAGUACCGUGACGUCGAUCACAGUCGCGCUCGUCGGUGCCGGUGGCCUCAGCGUCCGGCAGUCGGUGCCCAUCACCAUGGGCGCCAACAUUGGCACGUGCCUCACGUCCACGAUCGUCGCCUUUGCCCAAGUCGGCGACCGAGCGCAGUUUGAAUUGGCGUUGGCCGCCGGCACGAUCCACGAUUUCUACAACAUUUGCACGGUCCUCGUCCUCUUUCCCGUCGAAAUGCUUCUGCAUCCGCUCGAGCACCUUGCCAUUGCCAUGACGGGCGGCGAUGCUGGCACUUUCUUCUCGUCGCCCAUCGAUGCGGUCAUCCACCCACUCUACAAGCAGCUGCUAGCGGUUGAUAAAAAGACGAUCGAAGGCGUCACGGCUGGGACGAUCGCGUGCAACGACGCGUCGUUUCUCAAAGGCGGUGUGUUCUAUGCUGCGUAUAUCGACGGGGCGCUCUCGAGUGCUGCGAUUGGUGGCAUUUGCCUCGGGAUCGGUCUCGUGCUGCUGAUUGGGUCGCUGCUCGUGCUCGUCAAGACGCUGCAAGCGCUCCUGCGCGGGUCGGCCCAAGCCAUCAUCCAGCGCGUCCUCAACUGGAACGGCUACCUCAACAUUGGCAUCGGUGCGCUCAUCACCUUUUGCGUCCAGUCGUCGUCGAUCGUGACGUCGACCUUGACGCCGAUGGCCGGCCUCGGUGUCAUUUCGCUCGAACAAAUGUACCCGCUCGUGAUUGGCGCCAACCUCGGCACGACGGUCACAGCGUUACUGGCGUCGCUCGUGACAGGGUCACCGGACGCGGUCGCCGUCGCGCUGACCCAUUUUUGGUUCAACGUCUUUGGCAUGCUGCUCUUUUACCCGCUUCCGAUCAUGCGGACGCCCAUCUUUGCGGCGGCGCGGGCGUUAGGGUACGCGAGUGCGCGGUUUCCGCUGGUCGCGGCGUACUUUCUCGGUGGCCUCUUUGUACUGGUGCCUGCGAUCGCGCUGGGUCUGACGUUCUUGUACAAUGGAUCGCUCGGUAUGGUGGUCGCGGCGAUCGGUCUCUCGGUGUUGUUGGUCGUCUCGGGGGCGUCGGGUGUCUACUGGUAUGUGCGCAAGGACGGCCGUGCGCGCUGGCUGGCGUUUCUGGACGAGAAAAGCAAGCUCCAAGACGAGAAACUCGCGCGCCAAACGAGUGACGAUGUCUAG